AUGUCGACUCAACCACUUCUUCAAGGUCCACUUCAAAAACGCAUAGUUCUCCCAACUAGAGUUGAACCUAAAGUAUUUUUUGCCAACGAACGUACCUUUUUAUCCUGGCUUCAAUUUACUGUUGUCCUGGGUGGUUUGGCAAUUGGUCUCCUCAACUUCGGUGAUGAUAAAGUCGCCAGGAUUUCUGGAGCAGUAUUCACUUUACUUGGGCCUCCAAGAUAA